UCUUUUUUUUCCAGCGUGACACCGACCUAUUAAACAUUCAUCCCUGAAUUCCCACUCGCUCUCCAGCUCUCUCUCUAUUCUCUUGUUUCGCCAAACGUACCUUGUUGCCCCGCCCACCCCUUCCACCUCCCUACACCAACGCGCACCAGUGCGCAUCCGCUGCACACCUUGCGCUGCGCAGACUUAUGGAAAUAUGCACCGGGGCAAGUGAUGCUGCUGGAUAUGUGCUGCAAUUUUCAAUGAUGGAGGGAACUGUGGCUGCUCUUCUUCUGUAUCACUGCUCCUCCUCUGCCCCUGCUCUCACACUUUGAGGACUCUCCUCCGAAGCUGUUUGUGCGUCCUGCUCUCGGGAGGUGUCGACUGGUUGGCGUUGUCGAUUCUUCAGACCGCACUUUGGAUGUUUACCGCUGACUGUUUCUCUGCCGUCCUCGUCCAAAUGACUGAGCUCGGGUGCAGCCGGAGACAUCGCUCUCCACUCCGGAAGACCUACAGCUAAAGUUUGAAGGGCGGCGGGGAACCGUUUGUGUUCCGUCUCCCACCGUGCACUGGAUUUGCAAUCACACACUGCAACCACCAACGGAUAUCCGCGCCGUCUCUGCGCGUCCUGGGAUUGAUUCGACUUGGAUUUUACACCCCCACCCCCCACCCCCUGGAUAUCACCGAACCUGAAUCAUGAAGACCGCUAAUUUUGAUGGAGGGCGACUCCUGUUUCUGGUUAUGUGGCUGAACCUUGUGCCUCAAACUGACAGCUGCCCUGCAAAGUGUGUGUGCUUCAGUGAGCCCAGGCCCACGGUGGCCUGCCAACAACAAGGACUCUUUUCGGUUCCUACUGAGAUCCCUGUGCGCAGCCAGAGAAUAUUCCUUCAAAGCAACAAGCUCACGGUGGUCAAGUCCACCAGCUUCAGCUCUUGUCGCAACCUAACAGUUCUUUGGCUAUACUCCAACAACAUCAGCUACAUUGAGGCUGGGGCCUUCUAUGGCUUGGAAAAGCUAGAGGAAUUGGACAUUGGAGACAAUGGCAACCUCCGCACCAUCAGCCCCACAGCCUUUAAGGGGUUGACCAAGCUGCACACUCUCCAUCUGCACCGGUGUGGUCUAUCAGAGCUGCCCGUUGGAGUUUUCAAAGGAAUGUUCUCCCUACAGUACCUUUACCUGCAGGACAAUAACAUUCUAUUGCUGCAUGAUGAUACUUUUGUGGACCUUGCCAACCUCACUUAUCUCUACCUGCACAACAACAAAAUCAAGAUUGUCACUGACAACAUGUUUCGUGGAUUAAUCAAUUUGGACCGUCUACUACUACAUGAGAAUCGUGUAUUCUAUGUCCAACCACGGGCUUUCAGUGAUCUUGGAAAGCUGAAAUCUCUGUUCCUUUUCUUCAACAACCUUACAGUCUUGUCAGGGGAGGUAAUGGACCCACUGGCAUCUCUCCAAUACUUGCGUUUGAAUGGAAACCAGUGGAUCUGUGACUGCCGAGCGAAAACCUUGUGGGACUGGUUUAAACGCUUCAAAGGUUCCAGCUCUGAGCUCGAGUGUGAAGUCCCAGAGUUCCUGGCAGGUAAGGACUUGAAACGUCUAAAAAGUGAUGACCUGGAGGGGUGUGUGGAAAUGCCUCAAAUCCAGACCAGCCUAUUUAACGCUAAGACCCAGUCUGGCAAAUUCCAUUCUACCGAAAAUCCAAUGGGGGAAACUAUUCCGAGAUGUUGUCUUGGCGACAAUGACAAGUCCUCUAUUCUGUCAGGCAAGAGCCGCCAAAUCACCAACAACCCCCUCAAGGAGAAGGAGAACAUGUCAAAGACUAAAUAUAAAGAUCCCGAAAGAACAAAAAAUGAGACCCAGAACAAGCAGAACGACGGACCACUUGGAACCUUGUCCAACAAUCUGGAUGAGUCUUUGGAAAACCCAAACCCUGAUCUGGAAUCAUCAACACCAUCAAACAAAAAGAAGAAGAAGUGUUCCAAAAAGCCAAAAUCGGACACCCAAUGCAACAAAAGCCAGGCUACUGCUUUACAAGGUCCUUACAUUCUCUUCAUUCCAAUGAUCUGGAUUUCUCUAGCCAUGUCUUAGAACUGCUGAUCUCGUACUUAACAAAGGACUCGCGAUUGUUGAUGCUAAUGACAAUGAUGAUGAAGAUGCAGUGACAUCUACAUCGGGCAGAGACUAAGAAGCAAGGGAUCUCAAUGAUCCGUUAUGGGUGAGGACAAACAAUCAUGACAAUGUUACAGUACAUUUAACAAAAUGGAUGCCUUUACAGAACACAACAGAUCCCAUGUAUAUAAUGAAUUGGUGCCCACAAUUGUUUGUUCUCUAUGUACUUAAUGGUACUGUGUCUAAGCUACAUUUUGGAGACCCCUCCCUUUUCUCUCCCCCCAAUGCUUUUACUGCUUUGACAGGAUGCUGAGUGAAUGAAAAAAAGACAAAACACAAAGACAAGAGUUUUAAAAAACAAAGCACAGACAAAGUGCCAACGAAGAAUGUUGGGUCUGUUUGGAAAGGAGAAACGACCCCCCCUCCCCAUCCUCUGCCCACUGUUAUUUAUUCAAAGUGAUGCAUUUGUUAUGUUUUUUAUGUUUGUAAAAACAAAUGUUUUACUUCAGUUUGAGUUGUAUUUUCAUGACAGAGAGGGUAAAUGGGUGGGACCAAAAGAAUGCUAAUGGUUUGUUCAUUGAGAUUUCGAAGGAACCAUAGAUAUGCAUUUUAUUUUACUUGUGUACAAGUAUGAACAUAAUAUGAAUAAAGUUCCUAUUUUGUAGGUCAUGUUGCUUUUGUGUAAUACUUUCGCAGGGUAUAGAAAAAAUAUAUGGAAUUUUAGUAUAAUAAAACUGAA